AUGCGAGAGAUGCGCUCGCAACGUCAGGGCGUGAGCAAUCGCCAAACCACGACGAUCAUGGUUGUGGUGGCCGUGCCACUUCUCUUCUGGUUGCUUUUUGCGUCACAAGGGAGCCCGCCCGGCCCCGUGAAUCUCCGUGAGAUUGAGGUUGAUAUGCAUUGUCAUACGACAGAGUCUGAUGGCGACCGCACAGCCGAGGAGCAGCUUGUCAUUGCCGCGAGGGAAGGCCUCAAGGCCCUAUGGAUUACAGACCACGACAUGAUUCGUGAUAUCCCCCGGACUCGUGAAAUUCAGGCCAAGGCCCAGUCUCUAGGAGUGGCUGUGUCCUUCGGAGUUGAAAUUACCGUUGAAUGGAUGAAGAAGGAGCAUCAUCUCUUGGGCUACUUUCCAGACUCGGCUUGGGAUGGCCCUGCUCUGAGUCCGGCAAUGACCUCGCUUCAGCAGGAGGUGGCCAAGGUCAAGGAUUCUCGUGAAAAUCGAAACCAAGAGAUGGUGCGUUUCCUCAACGAAAUGCUUGUCUCGGAGAUUGGCCGAUUUUACUAUCAAGAUGCAGGGCGACAGGCCGCCUUUAGGCCAAUCAAGGUGGACGUUGUUGCCGAAUGGUCCAAGACUCAUGCCAAUUUGAUGGAACCCACCUCGCUGGGCCGGCCUCACUUCCGGGCCUAUCUCAUUGAGGUGGUUGGCAUCCGGGACGAUCUCAUUUUUGGCCCGCGCAGUGGCGACGGGUUUGCUGUGCUUGAGACGAGUACAAACAGCAUUUUUUAUGACGACGAAGCAGUGGGUAAGGCGGGAGAGCGCCUCGAGGCCCUCAUGCACUCAGCCACCUUGGCUCGCCGCAACAUUGCCUUCCGUCCCAUGGACAUUUUCAGUGCUAUUCAAGCAAUUUCCAGCGCUGGGGGCCGCUCCGUCCUGGCUCACCCCCCGACGCUGGGCAGUUCGUGGCCCGAUAAGUUUGCGCCUCGCGUUGAAGAUUUGGCCGCCGCUGGCUUGUGGGGCAUUGAAGCCUUUAGCUCUGAGAUUGACGCUGACAACCAUGCGCUCAUUGCUGAACUGGCCAAGCGCCAUCAUCUGGUCAUGACAGGCGGCUCAGAUAAUCAUGGCUCGCUCAAGAUUUAUGCCCGCCUGGGUGACGUUCAUCGCGCCGAUAGCGAGGCGUACAAGCAACUCGAGUACUGGUUUCGCACUGGCUUGAAAGCAAGCACCAAAGUGCGCACGACUGACCUGUAG